UGAAUCAGUCUCGUUCUCUCGGUGAGCCCUUGCGGGGGCACACUGGUCCAGUUGAAUCAGUCUCGUUCUCGCCGGAUGGAACUCGCAUUGUCACUGGUUCAAGGGAUCAUACUGUUCGGCUGUGGGAUGCAGCAACGGGGCAGCCAGUCGGUGCGCCCUUGCGGGGGCACACUGAUUCAGUUCAAUCCGUCUCGUUCUCGCCGGAUGGAACUCGUAUUGUCACUGGUUCCUGGGAUGGGAGUGUUCGGCUGUGGGAUGCAGCGAUGGGGCAGCCAGUUGGUGAGCCCUUGCGGGGGCACACUGAUUCAGUUAAAUCAGUCUCGUUCUCGCCGGAUGGGACUUGCAUCAUCACAGGUUCAAGGGAUGAGACUGCUCGGCUGUGGGAUGCGGCGACGGGGCAGCCAGUUGGUGAUCCCUUGCGUGGGCACAUUGGUUCAGUUCAAUCAGUCUCGUUCUCGCCGGAUGGAACUCGUAUUGUCACUGGUUCAACGGAUAAGACUGUUCGGCUGUGGGAUGCAGCGACAAAGCAGCUAUUGGAACAGUAUGCCGAGUCAGAUCAUUCAACAUUCUCAAACAGUCACUUCAUUUGCUUCUCGCCCUACUCCAUACAUGCGCUGUGUGACACUUCUGAGUUAAUGGAGGAAGAAUCCCAUGACGACCGUAGUUCCACCCCCUUGUCACUGAUUGGUGACGAUGGAUGGGUGGUAGGGCCCAAGCAUCGGCUGUUAUUCUGGGUACCGCCCGCCUCCCGACAUUCUUUCUAUAAUUCUAGGACUGCAUUAGUGAUGCCCAGAGGAGGCCCUGAGUUUGAUUUGAGCCGUAUGGCACAUGGACGACACUGGCGAAAGUGCCGAGAGGAACCUUAGUACUGCGAUGAUCGUAUCCCAGCAAUUGAUUCAUCAUGGAGAUUUCAGUUACAGCUUGAAUAUGAUACCGAGUGUACAGUGGAUCAUGCUUUGUAUCCUAUCUAUACCGCAUCUAGUCCGUGUUGAAGGGUUGUCCGAGCGAAAGACUCGCUGAAGAGCUGACUGCAUGGCACUGCGGAAUGGAUUCUGUUGAAAUAUAUCCAUUAGUGCUUCCUCAUGGCUGAACAGAAGAACAUCACCGUUCCGGUCAUUCGGUGGUCGUUCAGGUUCCCGCUGCGCCUAGCCAUCGAAGGGCCCUAAAAUCUGAGAACAAGGCGGGGGAAAAUAUGUGGUUCAUUGUGUACACUGUACAGUGCAACAUCAGAGAAUUCAAGAGUCCUUGAGAUUGUAACCGUGUGAACUAUAGAAGAA